CGGAAGAGAAUAUUGAGUUCGUCCUCUUAAACUAAAAAGAGCACGGGACAAUUUUAUAGAUAUACAAAGUCUAUCUUUAUCAUAUAAAGACUAAAGAUGGUUUUGCUGGAUUCAUCACUCGAUGCCUUUACUCCCUCGGAACCCGAGAAUCCUCAAGGAAGUGACGUAGUUUUCCCUGUUGGCCAUGUGACUACCAAUUUGACAAUGCCGUCUGUUAGCCCAUCUCAAUAUAUUUGCGAUAUGCUUGAUCCAUUUCUUGAGGAGCCACUAAUAGAAGGAACCGAAUAUACAAGCCAACAACAGCAAAGUCAUUUUGAAAAUAUUGUGGAUCCUUUAUUUUGUUCUAACAAUAAUAAUAGUUACAAUACGACGGACUCGGCUAAAAUGCGCGGGGAAUCCCCGGACACAGCCUGUAAAGUGACGGAUUCCGCGGACUUUUACCAGGGGUACCAAGCUCAAUCGUACCCCACGGAAUACUCCGACGGCCAAGAACGGCUGACUCACCAGGGGAAUUAUGAAGUUCCCUACUGUGCAAAAAUGAUGGACAAUAGUAACGUGUGUGAUGAGAGAUCGCCAAUAUACGACAGACAAUAUCCACAAAAUAAAAGAACCAAGUUCUCAGAUUCCAAUGAAUUUGGCAGUCGCUGGUCAAAUAAACAUCCAGAAAACUGGUCCUCACAAGAAGUGCUGGACUGGGUCUUUUAUGCUGCUGAGAAAAAUGGAAUCGACUGUGAGCAUCUGUACGCCGAGAACUUUCGGAAUAUCGUCGGGAUUGACCUUUGUAAGAUGGGACUGGAUGGAUUUUUGAGACUUGAGCCUAACUAUGGCCAACUAUUUUACAAAAUGUUCCGGGAUCUGUGUGACGGAAUGUACUUCCAACCAAGGAACGACACACCUGUCCAUCACAGUCCCAAGGCCAGAGAUCUGAGUUACUCCCCGAACAAACCCAGGGAACACUUAGUCAUGAAUUCCGAAUCUACGCCCCUGGCACCGUCAUAUUAUACCGUCCAAGAUAUGGCAAAAAUGGAGACAACGCCAUCACAAUAUACAAUGUAUGAAGUUCCAGGAAUGACCCCGUUUAAAUGCCAAAACAUGCCUCCGAUGCCAAAUCCAUUUCAAGCGUCUCAUUUGAAGCAUCACCCCUUGCCCCCAUACGGACACAUUCCUUCACAGAUCAUGUACCCAAACUUCAGUAUGGCCCGGCGCUUGCCCUACGGUCUCCCCGAAGAUCAUCUCCACCAACCAAUUCGCCGCCGUCCGGGACGACCCAGGAUCAAGAGCCAGCCCACGGAUGACGAGAACGCCAGAGAGAAGAAAGCUAAGAAUCAACAUCUAUGGGAGUUCAUCUACGAAAUUCUGAUGAAUCCAAUGUAUAACCCUCAGUUCUUGAGAUGGGAAAAUCAGAGAGAGGGCGUGUUCCGGUUCGUCCAAUCAGAGGCCGUCGCCCAACUGUGGGGAGGGCUAAAAAACAACGAAAAUAUGACCUACGAAAAACUAAGUCGAGCUAUGAGACACUACUACAAAAGGGGGAUUUUGGAAAGAGUAGAAGGAAGAAGACUAGUGUAUAAAUUCUCUAGGGUAGCGAUGGAGCGAGUGAGGGAGAAACGCCACUCCAUUUGACUGACUUCAAAUGAGAAUUGUGUUAAUGUUUGCAAAUAAUCUGUGAACUUUUUCACUGACAAAACAAGCCACAGAGAAGCUUGUGUGGAUAAUAUCCAUCAAGAGUUUCCACUGGUGAGAAGAUUCUGCCGAAUGACCGGGAACACUUGGCUAGCCAAUUCUAGUCAUUCGUUUGUACUCUAGUCCCAUGGCGUGUUCGGGUUCAAGUGCGCAUGCGUUAUCAAAGCGUAUUGAAGCAACCCAUAGCGUAUGAAUUGUCAUGCUAUGUUAUAAAACCAGAAUAAUAGCAUAAACUUGGUUAAGGAAUAUAUUUCCUUUUAAUGACUAUAUUAAAAUGUUUUAUUGAUACGACUGGUAUGUUUAUUAUUUAUUGUAUUUAAUGUCCAUGUAAUGGAGAGAAAGUUUGCAACAUUUUAAUAUUUUUGUACAUUAUGCAAUAGUGUGCUAAGCUAAUUUAAUUUAUAUGUGUAAUUUUUCAUUCCUGUUAUUGUGAGGACGGAAACAUUAACUAUAAUUUUUCCUACUUAACAUGUUUUAUGAUACUAUGUUUCAUAACCUUUUUAAUGGAAGACCUUGGUUAAGAAAUUAACGGUUAUUUCGGUUAUGACGUAACAUUCUUGUCAUACCCUUGUGACUGGUCUUACUUAACAAUACGCUGUAUAUAAUGAGAACUUUCAUGCCAAUUAUGCUUGUAAUAAGAUUUUAAAAAACAUUGAGGGUAAAAUAGAAUACGAAAAAUUUUAUAUUGAAUAACUUAUACAUUUUAACAAAGGAAAUGCUAUCCUUAUGCUUGAAAUGAACGUUGAUGAAAAAAUCAAAUAUUUAUGUACAUAAAAACCAACAUUUCUUUGUACUUUAUGAAGAAAUGAAUUUUUGCAGCAAUAUUUAUGUGUACGAUAAAAUAUUUUUAUAUGUCUCUAAUGAAUCUCAUGUGCUUUUUGUUGUUGUAAAUUAUUUUUGUACGUUAUUUAUACAUGAUGUCAAUUUCCGCUUCUGUAAAGUAAAAAAACAGCGGCGGCAACAGCAGAAUUUGCUAUGUUAGUAUUUAUUUCUUGUAAAAUAAACUUUAAAACGCUUUA